AGUUAAAGUCAGUCUAUUGCGCAGAGCGAUACUACGGGUGCGCGCGCUUGUACCGAACUCUCUUGUCUCUCUCUGCAGCCCCAAAACAAUAGGAGAGGUCCACAGAAUCCCUAAGUGUUUUGUGUUCUUGGAAUUUUUCAUGUGUUGAAGGACUUUUUUUUUGCAAGGGGUAGGAAAACUUAACCCUCCCGGAGGGUUCAAUGCAUGAGAAAGUUGGUUUUAAAGAGUGCUAUAUAUUUUUUUGUUGGUUCUCUGUCAGACGUGUGUGUAAAAGCUCCUGGUAACCCUGAAAAUCAUCCAUCUCAUUCUUUUACAUCCCCCCAAAAGAGAGUUAUGUGGUGAGAAAAUAAGGGAGUCCAGUGUGAGAGUGAAAAGUGGAAAAUUGUGUUCUAAAUAUGCCCAACAUCGUCGUUACGAGACAAUUUGCUGUUGAAAUGUGAAGAGAAAAUUUUGUAGGGAAAAUUUCCAUUUUGAGAACUUAAGGAAUAUAAGACAAACAAGUAAAAACGUUGAGCCUUAAAGGGUUUGAUGAAGUGAAAACAGUUCUCUCUCAGUAUUUUCUGCAUUUCGGAACGAUCUCUCGCGCUUUUUUGUUAUAUAACAGAUUGGAAAAGUCUCUGCUGUUUUUUUUUUUAAAUAUAUUUUAGUGUAAAAUCGAACCUUAACCUCCGAAUGUUCGAUCUUUUGGAUAAUUGUGAUGAUGUGCCUUUAAAUUUACUAACUUAGAAAAUUUUCUAUAUAUUAAGAAUAAAUAGAAAUUUAGAACUCUCAAUCUUAAAUCUCAAGCGUUAUUCUGUGCCAAAAAAUAAAAUUUCGCUCUCUUGCAUUUAUUUCACUUGGCGGAAUUAGAAAAAAUCAUCCCUCCGUGUGAGAAGACAUGUUCAGUGAGACGUUUUAAUUGACGUGCUAAGAAACCGUCCACGCAUGAGGAUAUAUAACAAUCAUUGUCUUUAAGUUAUCUGCCUGUGUGGAAAGAGAGGAAAAUUGAAGAACAAGACUGCCGGUGUGAAAAUAAGAGGUGUUUGUGCUUGAACAGCGGAAAAGGGUUAAAAGUUCCUCACCAUCCCAUCGACAUAUUCAACUGUGAUAAUUUUUAAUUUGAAAAGAAAAAAAGUGUUGGGUGAAAACUCAGUGAAUGCCCCUUAGUGAAAAGUUUUGUAUACACGCUAAAGACAAAAAAAGAAAAGAACAAGUUUGUGGUGAAGGGAAAAGUUCACCCAAAGUUCCAUCAAGAGCCUUUUACGAUGGUAAGGCGCUAGAUGCACUUUUUUGAACCAGUCACCUCCCCCUCAGACCACCAGUGCUCCCAUCGAGACGUCCUAUGGUGUUUGGCGUUAAUUGAGAGAAAUUGGUGGGCUUGAGAGUGAUUCUCAAGCGUGAGAUUGAGAAUAAGAACUGAAAAAGAGAACGCACAAAAUCCGCACAGGCGGUUAUUUUAAAUGACUUUCCGCUGUGUUCCCUCAUACGACGCCAGCGCUCAAUGGGAGCGAUUGACGAGUCACAGUGGCAUCGGUCUGUCGAGUGGAAGUCCUGCCUACACCGGCCACACAGGUCAUUCUGGCCGCACAGCCGGACCCGGCGGAGGUCAUGCGGGUGGUCAUGGAGGCUCACACGGACCCACACCGACCAUGCAUUCGCACCAGACGCUACAGUCGGACUUCCAACCGCCCUACUUCCCGCCACCUUUCCACCAUGCGGCGCAGAGUCCGCCGCAGCAGCAAAAUCACGGCCCGCUGGAGUACCUAGGCGCCGACCCUUAUGGUCAGCCUCUGUCGUCACUCCAUCAUGCCCCGCUGCAUCACUACAAUCAGCUAGCCGGCCUGCGACCAUCGCAGGAUCAGCUUGGUAUCCACCGAACACACCGCGAAUCCGACCUCCAAGGACAUGUGAUGAAUGCACAAUCACUAAGCUGGCCCUUCACAUAUGCUGAGACCGUAGAUGAAUAUAAAACAAAUAAGCUGAAAAGUGGGAAAACGACACAACUCUCACAUGGAUUCCCCUACUCAGACCGUCGCAGUGACUACAGCGGGGGCCUGGCCAGCUCGGGUGGUCCGGGGACGCGCCUGGGGCAUGAGCAUGACCCCCUGGCGCUCCAUCAGGCCCUCCAGAGUGCCGUGGACGAUGGCCAAAAUGCUGGAAUUGACGAAAAUGCUGGCUUCAUGUCGGAUCUACCGUUGCUAAAAAAUAUUAAGGGCAAGGAGACCAACACGAUGGGCAUCGGAUCACCCAGUGAUGUUUUCUGUUCUGUACCUGGAAGACUGAGUCUUCUGUCGAGCACUUCCAAGUAUAAAGUCACCGUGGCAGAAGUUCAGAGGCGACUCUCACCCCCUGAAUGUCUCAAUGCGUCGCUCCUGGGUGGCGUCUUAAGAAGGGCAAAAAGCAAGAAUGGAGGACGUCUGCUGAGGGAGAAGCUGGAGAAAAUUGGUCUCAACUUGCCGGCGGGUAGACGAAAAGCCGCCAAUGUGACACUCCUGACCUCACUAGUAGAAGGAGAAGCUAUCCACCUGGCCAGGGAUUUUGGCUAUGUCUGUGAGACGGAAUUUCCCGCGCGACAAGUAGCAGAAUACCUCCUGCGACAACAUACAGAACCUCAAGAAUCCUACCGGCGGAAAGAAUUGCUCCUCAACACUAAACAAGUCACUAAAGAAUUGAUGGAUUUGCUGAACCAAGACCGAUCGCCACUGUGUAACACGAGGCCACAACAUAUCCUUGAUCCAUCCAUUCAGAGACACCUCACCCACUUCUCACUCAUCUCACAUGGAUUCGGUUCACCAGCCAUUGUAGCAGCCCUCACGGCUAUUCAAAAUUUCCUCAAUGAAUCUCUCAAGUAUCUUGACAAAAUGUACCCCACAAACGGUGGCAUGGUCUCAUCAUCGAUAGACAAAGGUCCUAAAAUGGAGAAUGACAAGAAGUGAUGUUACUUCCUGAGAUAUUCACUGAUCUAAAGGACAGAACACCAUCAAAACACAAAUGGAGAAAAAAGUAAAUUACACAAAGAUAUUCCUUUCUUUUUAAGUAGACAAUUUCUAAUUGUAAAUCUUUUUGCUCUCGAAACGAUUAUUUAACAAAAAAUAAAAGAAAAAAGCCUUUUGUGCAAAAUCUACAAAAAAAAACCUUACCAGGAUUUUUCCACACGAAAAGAAAAUCUGAAUGUAAUUAAAAUUAAAAAGAAAAAAAGAGAAAUAUUAAUUAGGAUCAAUCGUAAUUGUAGUGCAAAAGAUUAUUUGCAUUUUUACAAUAUUUUGUGAUAAUAUAUAGUAUUUGUGUAUAAAAGAGAAUUAAUGACAUACUCUUAUUGAAAUUAUUGAGGCGCAUUUUUGUGGGUGGAUGACGUAUAUCAAAGGAAAAAAUGCAUUUAAGCAACACCAACAAUUAAUUGAUGUCAACAUAUCGAUUUUCAUUAUACAACACAAAAAGAAAUGAAAAAAAAAAUUGUACUGUAAAAUAAGAUGAAAAUUUACUUAAAUUAUAUAUUAUUGCUGUAAAUGUUUAUUAAAGAAAAAAAGCAUGAAUUAAAAAUAAACAAAGUUGUGUAUGAACCCGUGAUGAGAUGAAAAGAAAUCAGAUACAAAACAAAUUAUGAAGAGUUAAAAGAGAUUUAAAAUAAAUUGAAGGAUAACAUGAGUGCCAACAUGUGAAAGAAAUGAAUGAAAUUAAAUAUCUUGCCAUUUCUGUAAUAUUAUUGUAAUGAUAUUGAAAAAAACAAAAAUCAGGAAGCAGAAUUUUCUCAUUCUGCUCCUAAAGCGCUAGACCCUAAAUAGUGUAUAGUUUAGUUGAGGAAAGAUAAAAGACAGUUGAUGAAAGUUUAGUUUCUUUUUAGUUCAUGUCAAUCACUAUUGUGAUCACUCAAAAAAAAAACAAAAUACUCCAUAAAUCUUUUCUUUCAGUUUUUUUUUAACUUAUUUUUUGUACCAAACAAUCUUUAGGUCAAAAGAAAAAGAUAGAGAACUGACUUUUGAGACUCAUUUUUUAGAUGAAUGUUUAGAGUUUUUACUAAAAAUAGUUUUCAUUGCCAUUACUUUGUAAAAUAAAAAUAAAAUUGAGGCUUCUUUUGUGUUUUAGUAAAUUCAUUGCCAUACAAAGCAUAACUACUAAAAAUUUUAACUGUGCUCAAACACUGUAUAAAGGAAGAUAAUCUCGAGAGGAGAUAUGAGUACAAAGCUAAACUUGCCAUUUAAUUUUAAAAGUCAACAAUUUUGAGCAGCUGAAAAAAAUCCAACUGAAAGAGACAUGUGUAAAAGACACAGAAAGUAUUGAUAAAGUUUAUUCCUAAGUUUUAAUUUAAAUUGAAAAAAAAAUCACCUUACGAUCUAUCUCCUGUUUACUACCCUGCCCAUGUAAUUUAAAUACAAAAAAAGUAUAUAAAUAGAAGACAAAACACAAACUUAAAGAAUAGUUCCAAAAUACUGUAAAAUAAUUUUGAAAGAAUAUAAUAAAAUGAAAAAUGAAAUUCACAUCACAAAA